AUGGGUAAAGAGGAAGAAAAAUUGCUAGGGUUUUUGGCAAGUCCUUUUGUCCUUAAAUGGGCUUUGAAGCUGAAAGGGAUGGAGUAUAAGCGUCUAGAAGAGGAUCUCUCAAACAAGAAUCCCUUGCUGUUGCAGUACAACCCUGUUCAGAAAAAGGUUCCUGUGCCUGUACACAAUGGCAAUCCUGUGUGCAUGGCUGUGAUCAUGCAUACAUUUGUCACAGAAGGGGAGGAGAAGGAUGAGGUAGUGAAAGAAGUUAAGAGAGAAGCUGAAGACUCUGGAAAGCAUUUUGGAGGGGAAGAGAUUCUUUGA